AUGCCUCGUGAUCCCUCUCAUAAAUUCCGUCUUCCUCCCUUGUUACUCACCUCUCUCCUAAUCCUCAUCCUGGCGGCCUUCAUCCCCUCCAUAACCCCCCGCCUCACCCUCAUCCUCUCCCACCUCCGCUCCCAAUCCACCACCCCAAACCUCGCCAAAAUGACGUCCCUCUACUCCCGCGAGCUCGAAAUCGCCCAGCUAGCCGUCCAACGCGCCUCCAUCCUCACCAAACGCGUCUUCCACGAGACCUCCAAAGGAACCGUCUCCAAAGACGACGCCUCCCCCGUCACCAUCGGCGACUUCGGCGCCCAAGCCCUGAUCAUCUCCGCCCUCAAGCACAACUUCCCCCACGACGAAAUCGUCGCCGAGGAAGAGGCCACCGAGCUCCGCGCCAACCCUCCCCUCCGCGAUCAAAUCUGGGAGCUUGUCCGCACUACCAGCUUGGAUGACGUCGCUGCUGAGGGGCUUUUGGGAGGCGGGAUCAAGGAUGCGGAUGCAAUGCUUGAUAUCAUCGACCAAGGAAACAGCAAAGGUGGAAAAGUCGGGAGGGUCUGGACUAUUGAUCCAAUUGAUGGCACCAAGGGUUUUUUGAGAGGGGGGCAAUACGCCGUUUGCCUUGCCCUGCUAGAGGACGGGGAUGUCAAAGUGGGAGCGAUUGGGUGUCCUAACUUGCCGGUUGACGAUGCGGCACCUUUGACGGCCGAUAUCGGGGCUAAUGCUACCGACGACGAAGGGAGGGGUGUGCUUUUUUCUGCGGUUAUUGGACAGGGCGCAACGAGCAGACCUCUCAAGGCCGGUGCCCUGGCUGAGGGGAGGAGCAUCUCUAUGAAGCCUCUUACCGACAUGUCCAACGCAAGCUUUUGCGAGAGCGUCGAGGCGGGGCACUCGAAUCAGAGCGAGUCGGCGCAGAUUGCGCAGAAGCUGGGGAUUACCAAGCAGAGUGUGAGAAUGGACUCGCAGGCCAAGUACGGGUCUAUUGCCAGAGGCGCGGGAGAUAUCUACCUGCGUUUGCCGACUUCUAAGACAUACCAGGAGAAGAUCUGGGAUCACGCUGCUGGUGAUUUGAUUGUGAGGGAAGCUGGCGGCCAGGUAACCGAUAUCAAGGGUAACCGUCUGAAUUUUGGCGUGGGGAGGACGUUGGCCACCAACAGCGGUGUCAUUGCUGCGCCAAAGGCGGUUCACAGCCAAGUCCUGAGCGUCGUUCAGGAGGUCCUGGGUGUAAAAUAA